CUUGGGCUCCCUCUGUGGUGGAAUGAGAUACCAAACUCGAUUCAGCGUCUGCUGAAUAUGUAAAUGUAAAGGAGUACGCAAGACCUGUCUGACAGUGCUUGUGUGUUCAAAGGCUCCUCUGACUGAGGAGUAUAACCUGCCAUUUAGCAGAUAGCUGUAGUCAUGGUCACGGUGGUCAUCAGACAGAAGAUACAAAUAAGAAAUACUAUUAAAUCGCCACAGAAACAACAUUCAUCCACAACACUCCAUGCCAGAUUUCAGCGUCCUAGGGCCAGAACUGUGGCCGUCAAACGGAGGGUCACCGACCGCUACAGAGCGAGCUGUUGAGCUGCUGAUUGUAGUUUAAAAAAGACACCACACACCAUCUCAACACACCUUCUACACACCUUCUACACGCUCCAAAAGCCCCGAGGAACAUACUUCACAAGUAAAUACCUGUGCGUAAGUACCACGUGGUGACGCAGGAACCAUCCUCAGCAAAUCCAAACGACGCACAGGUGAUAAUGUAACAGCGACUACUUCCAGUUGGCCUAACCAUGUCAGCUCCUCCACUCGGGUCUCUACAUAUCUGCGGUGCCAUGUGCUUCUAUGACAUCCUGACGUUACAGUGACCAAGAGGAGGAGGGACAAGGAAGUGGAGGAGAGCUGUGAACCUAACCAGGAGUUCUCAGGAGAGGUGGACGAAAGAGCAUGUUGAAUCUGUUUGAGCUGAAGGAAUGACAUUGAGCUUUAACCUGGAGCUGUGCACUGCCUGAUCACUAUGAGGGAGUGGAGCUUUUGCUUCACACAGCGGAGGAAGAUCAGUUACGGAGCACCCAGACUGCCGAAGAGCCUGACAAAAGCCUACUGGACUUGACAACAUCAAAAAGAGGAGCCAGUUGGUAGGACAGGAGGGAAAGAGGAUACGUGUGAGGGGAGACAGAUGAUGGAAGAUAAAGUGGGGGGAUGACAGUCAAGUCGAUUAGAUUAAAAUUAAGAGUCAAAUGAGAAGUGAAGCUCAAGAGUGAAAGGAGGCAGAGAUGAAAUAGCAUACUGUCAGAAAAGGAAGAGACAGGUAAGACAGAGAAAGAGACAGCUCCCGGAGAGCAGAAGUCUAGACAGAUCCGGAGUGCCGUCAGUGUUCAGAGAUCAGCAGAAAGAAAUAUUAGUCACGAUGUUCAUGAACUUCCGUCGGAUCCACAAGUGCCAGUGUGUGCAGCUGCUGACCACAGGCCUGAUUCUGUGUGUGGUGAUGGUCUGCUGGGAGGAGCUGGACCACCAUGUGGUCAGCCACAUGAGAUCCUACACUUACCGCUACCUGGUCAACAGCUAUGACUUUCUCAAUUCUUCCUUCGCCAUCACCUCAAACCAUCACAACAGAGAGGAUGGUUCUGACGGUGAGGACAGUGAGUUAGUGAACUAUGCAUACCUCAUCAACCACCCAGGUAAAUGUGGAGGUGCCGGUGCAGAUGGGAAAAGCUGGGAUGAUGUCCUACUACUACUGUUUGUGAAAUCAUCACCGGAGAACUUUGAGCGGCGCCAGGCCAUCAGGGACACGUGGGGAAACGAGAGCUUUGUAUGGUCAAAACUGGGGGCAAGUGUGAGGUUGGUGUUUGCCCUUGGUGUGCACCCAGAUGCUGAGCAGAGAUCCAGGGUGCAAAGCGCACUGCUGCAGGAGGACCAGGCCUAUGGAGACCUGAUCCAGCAGAACUUUUUGGACACCUUUCAUAACCUGACUACCAAAUUGAUUCUGCAGUUCCACUGGGGCCACGAAUACUGCCCUCAGGCCCAUUUUCUCAUGUCUGCGGAUGACGACAUCUUCGUCCACAUGCCCAAUUUGGUGAAGUACCUGCGGGAGCUCCUGAGUACAAAAACAGGGGCCAGAAACCUGUGGGUGGGGCAUGUACACAGAGGAGCCCCUCCAGUUCGCCGUAAAAAAAGCAAAUAUCAUGUUCCCGAUGAUCUGUACCCCUGGCCUUCCUACCCAGACUACACUGCUGGAGCAGGGUACGUGGUUUCAGGGGAUGUGGCUGCUAAGAUCUACCAUGCAACUCUGGUGCUGAACUCCUCCAUAUACAUUGACGACGUCUUCAUGGGCAUUUGUGCCAAGGCCAUGGGGGUCUCUCCCCAGGAGCAUGUGUACUUUUCAGGGGAGGGCAAAGCUCCAUAUCACCCCUGCAUCUAUGAUCACAUGAUCACAUCGCAUGGUCAUGCCAAGGAUGUGCGCUCACUAUGGCAGGCAGCAACAGACCCUACAGUGCACAGCCACUCUAGAGGAUUUAUGGGUAGUCUUUACUGCACAGCAGUGAGAGUGAUGAUGCUGUGUCUACCAUAUUACCAAAACACGUACUCGUGUAUGGCUGCUUUUACAUGAAUGCUCUUAAGUUGAAGGACUGCUGAAUGUGCCAACCAAAGAAAUGGCAGUACCUCACACAAAUAGUUUUUUUUCCAUUUCCAUGUUAAUUUUUACUGUUUGCUGGUGAUAUUGUAUGUGUUUGCUAUCUUGUAAUAAAGACCAAAACAUUUGUGUUAAGUAAAGAAA